AUGGUAAAUCCACAAUGGAAAGAUUGGAGUUUUCAGUUAGGUGACACCUUAUGGGCUUAUAGGAUAGCAUAUAAGAUUCCAUUAGGGAUGAGUCCCUUCCAGAUUGUCUACGAAAAGGCAUGCCACCUCCUGGUUGAAAUAAAGCACAAGGUGUAUUGGGCAGUUAAGCAAUGUAAUAUGGAUUUUACAAAGGCGGGCAUUGCAUGGAAGAUACAAUUGGAAGAACUAGAAUGUCUUAGAAUGGAAGCAUAUGAAAAUGCAAGAAUUUAUAAGCAAAGAACUAAGCAAGAAUUUAUAAGGAAAGAACUAAGGCAUUCCAUGAUCACCACAUCUGUAAGAAAGACUUCCAAGAGGGCGACGAAGUUCUUCUCUACAAUUCAAGACUUCGUUUCAUGCUGGACAAGCUUUGUUCAAGUUGGGAUGGCCCUUAUAAAGUUAAAAGAAGUGAAGCCUUAUGGCGUAGUCGAGCUUCUUCAUCCUCAUAGUGGAGCAACUUUCAAGAUGAAUGGUCACCGAGUGAAGAAAUACCAUGGUUACAAGUCACCAAAGGAGUUGGAAGUAUAUCUCCUCAAGGAUACACCCAAGGGCAACAAGAUGGAUGAGAUGGAUGUCCUUGAGGAUGUCCCAAAGAGAUGA